UCUGGCAGGGCAGCAAUGCUCUCCUUGGUUCCUGCUGUCUCCCAUGCCCCCACUGUCAGGCUAUAGAAGGACACCUGGCCGAUGAAGGGGAGUGGGAGUGGGUACCUACUCAAGGAGGGAGGUAAUAAUAAAAAUUCCUCCCAACCCCCCCUCCCAAGCCAGGUGCCACUUCAGAUUAGGUAUGAUCCCCUGGAUCUGGAGAGUCAGCCAGAUGGUUUAGAAGAAAAUUAUCUGCCCAGUGAGCCUCCCCGUUAUGAUUCAUCUGUGAGACAGAUCACCACCUCUGACAUCAAAAAGGAAAGAAGGGUAAUCGUGGUGGGUGACUCCCUUCUGAGGGGAACAGAGGGCCCCAUAUGUCGACCAGACCCACCCCACAGAGAGGUCUGCUGCCUCCCUGGGGCCCGGGUACGGGAUAUCACUGAGACACUGCCUGGGCUGAUUCAGCCCUCUGAUUAUUACCCACUGCUGAUACUCCAGGCUGGCAGUGAUGAGAUUGAAAAGAGGAGUGUCAGGGCAAUUAAAAGGGACUUUAGGGCAUUGGGUCAGGUGGUUAAUAGGACAGGGGCACAGACAGUCUUUUCCUCAGUCCCUUUGGAGUCUGAAAAAAAUGGUGAAAGCAAGAGGAGAGCUCACAUUAUCAACGAGUGGCUCAAAGGGCGACUUGAGAAGGGAGGGGGGAAUGCACCAGCACAGGGCCCAUGGAACCAUGGAGACACUGAGGGGACUCGUGGGAUCAUGGAGACCAUUGGGACACUAUGAGGCCCCAUGGAAUAAGCAAAGCAUUGGGACACUGUGAGGCCUCAUGGAACC